AUGAAGAUCUAUAAAUCAUUUGCAUUUGAUUAAAACAUUCCCUAGGCAGAUUAUGAGAAAUAUAUAAAUCCUGACGAUCUUUUAAAUGAGAGCUACGAGGAAUUAAAGGGAGAGUUCAAACAUUACAGAACAAAAAAGGGAAGAGACAUUAUUAAGCAAGAGAUGGAAAUGAGAAAGUAAUUGCAAAUGAAAAGUAUCUUAAUUGAUUAAUUGUAGGGAAAAAAAAUUAAUCAGGGUUGGUGGUCUAACCGAAAAAACAUGAAGAACAUGAUAAUUAAAAAGACAUGCUCGGAAAUAUUGGUUUCCUGAUUCGAUAGUAAGAGAGGAAAUGCAAAUAAAUUAAAAAGGAAGUGCAGUCGCGUACAUAAUUGAAUAUAGACAUGCAGCAAACUUUGGUUAGGAUUAUACAACGAUGAAACAGAAAAUCCAGUAAAUUAUUUAUGGGGACAAUAUAGGAAGACAGAUGUGACAAAAUAGCCAAUAUUCAGCUAAGAAGACUUUGCAAAGUUGAUUUAAAGGGAAGACGAGGAUGAAUUGAUUUAAACAUAAAUAAGGACUAUGCAUAAACCCAGAGAGUUUAAAUAUUCUUCAUAAUUUAGGGGUUUUAAGUCUAGAUUUAUUGAGAAGUAAAUACCUUUGUAUAAAAAUAUGGAGUAGUCAUCUGAAAUUGAUUCAAAAAAAUAAGUGGAUAGCAAAAUAUUAACAAAAUCAAAUAAAACUAUCAAACAGUAUAAUGACUAAUGAAAAAUACUAGGUUUGGUCUUUAAUAAUCUCGAGAAUCCCCUUCAAAUGCAAUGUUUGAUGGGGAGGCUAAACGCAUCUCAAAGUCAUAUCUCUAUAAAACAUGGUUUAAAGGAGAAGAGACGUAAAACAAGAAAUACAAAAAGCCAAGGAGAACAGAAUCAUACCAUAAGGCAGCUGCAUAAAGAGAAGAAAUAAAAAGCCAAUUAAAAGAAAGAGCAUAGGUUGCAUUCAAACGGUAUGAAAGUAUGGGAAAGAGUAUUACAUUUAUUAAACCUUAAGCAUGGGAAAAAUUUGGGGUAUUUUCAUAGGAUAUUCUGGAUUUUAGAAUGUAGACUUUAAAGGAAGCUAAAAUCCAAAGAUUGUAUUUAUUUAAUUUAAUAAUAAAGAUUACUUGAGCAAUAAGAGCAUGAUCUUACUAAGGUCGAAUAGAACGAGUAAUCAAAUAAUCUAUUUUAAAAGACAGAGAGACACUGAUAUGCUAACUCGAUUGGUGAAGGUGAUCACUAAGCCUAAUUCUGAUAAUAAAGAAGAAGUCAAAACAAACUUUGAGUAUCACGAACAAAGACUAAAGGAUAUGAGAACAAGGACUAGAUAAAUUUAGAGAGCUGGAUUUUGAAUAAUUAUAUUUAUAAAUUAAUGCUAUAGAGAUAAAAACAUGAGCUUAAGG